CCUAGACGGGGGCAGCAGCAUCUCCACUUAGGUCAGCGUAACUCGUUACAGCAAAGGGGAGCUCUUGCCUUGCUCUUCGUCAUAAAUAUUUUGAGAAAUGGCAAUAUUUAUUAAAAGUUUUGGAUAUUUUCAUGAUCUUCUCAGCAUGCUUCCUGCAGAGUUUAACCAUUUUGUCUGGGCGAAGAUGUCAAUUUUGAACAAUUGAGCACAAAGAUAGCUACAGCACGAAGUGCUCUUGCAGAAGAUAGAGKUAAUAGUGCAUAUCCAUGACCUCCCUGUCUCUCAAUUAAAAUAAAGAAAUGCAUUAUAUUUUUUCCACAGUGUCUCCCAAAAAUAUGAACCGUUUGGACAUGCUCAAAUAAGGAGAGGGGAGACUCUUCUGUUUAGGCACAUGGCAUACAGCGUGUCUGGUCRCAGGACUGCUGCAUCCAGUUUUCUAGAAGAAGAUGCAAGUAUGGACAUUAUAGCCUAUGAUGAUUUCUCCAGUCCACCGCUCCAGAGACAUUGAAAGGAAGCCCGAGUACCUGCAGCCCGAGCAGUGCGUCCCGCCUCCGAGCCGCGCUUCCCUGGGAACGAUGUGGUUUAUCCGAGAUGGCUGUGGCAUCGCGUGCGCCGUCGUCACCUGGAUGCUCGUGUUUUACGCCGACUUCGUGGUCCUCCUCGUCAUGCUGGUUCCAUCGCGGGAUUACGUUUAUAGCGCGAUCAACGGCACCCUCUUCAACACCUUGGCUUUCCUCGCUUUGGCUUCCCAUUUCCGUGCUAUGCUGACGGAUCCCGGGGCUGUGCCCAAAGGCAACGCCACGAAGGAGUUCAUCGAGAGCCUGCAGCUGAAGCCAGGACAGGUGGUUUACAAGUGCCCCAAAUGCUGCAGCAUUAAGCCAGACAGAGCCCAUCACUGCAGUGUUUGCAAGAGAUGUAUUCGGAAAAUGGACCAUCACUGCCCGUGGGUCAAUAACUGUGUAGGAGAGAAUAACCAGAAGUACUUUGUACUGUUUACAAUGUAUAUAGCACUGAUUUCCCUGCAUGCUCUAAUCAUGGUGGGAUUUCACUUCUUGUAUUGCUUUGAAGAAGACUGGACAAAAUGCAGCUCCUUCUCACCGCCAACUACAGUGAUUCUUCUUAUCCUCUUGUGUUUUGAGGCUCUCCUCUUCCUCAUCUUCACGUCGGUAAUGUUUGGGACCCAAGUACACUCCAUCUGCACUGAUGAAACGGGUAUUGAGCGUCUUAAAAAUCAGAAGCCGACUUGGGAAAGGAUCAGCGGCUGGCAAGGAAUGAAGGUGGCCUUCGGUGGUGCUUUCUCCCUGAGUUGGUUCAGUCCUUUUUCAAACCUGGACUGCAAAAACCCGCCUUCACCUGAAGCAGCAGCAGCCCCUGCGUCUGAGAUUAUGACCCAAGAAGAAAUCGAGCAAUUUCUGGCUCAAGACGUUGAGGUCCAAGUGUUACGGGAAUAAGCAAAGCAUCUUCCAAGACGUCGAGAGAUGCUUUCAGC